AUGGGAUUGACGACUCCUUUGACUCGUUUUGGCCUGGUGACGGAUGAAUCCCAGGAUAGAAUAUUCUUGGUAUGGACGGUUCAUCACGUUUUAUACGACGGCUGGUCCAUGCAGCUUUUGCUUGAACAAGUCGAAAGCCUAUACUGGCGUGGAGAUUGCGAUACAUCAGCACCGUUCAACGGCUUCGUGAAGUACUUGAAAGAGCUUGGAAAUGAUGCAGAUGAAUACUGGCAGUCUCAGUUGGAUGGCAUUGAAGCACCCGUUUUCCCACCGCUACCUUCCCCUGGAUACGAGCCGACAUCACAGGAUUUACUACAGCACCACAUUGCCGAUCUGACCUGGCCAGGGAACGAUAUUACGGCUUCUACUGCCGUACGAGCUGCAUGGGCAAUUCUAGCAGCUCGCUACACACAGACUAGUGAUGUAAUCUUCGGAGCCACAGUAACGGGCCGACAAGCGCCUGUACCAUACAUGGAGAGGAUAGCUGGCCCGACCUUUGCUACGGUACCAAUUCGGAAGCAGGCGGUUGAUAUGAUUUCCUACGAACAAACGGGUCUGAAGAGAAUCCGCCAUAUCGAUUCCGACGCUUACCAUGCGACACAAUUUCAGACUCUGUUGGUCGUGCAACCGGCAAGCUUGAAGACAGCUCGCCCUGCUGCAGAACGUUUGUUCCCAGAAGACCCGUCCGGUGGCGACGAUGAAUUAGCGGGUAUCAACACGUACGCGCUCAUGCUAGAGUGUCGCCUCGAACCUGAUGGAAUGCUCCUGAGGAUGAGUUUCGACCCCCAGGUCAUCGAGACACAACAGGCGCAGAAAAUGGCCUGGCAGUUCGAAGAGGUGCUUCGCCAAAUUUGUGAAGAAGAUGCCUCAGAGAAGCUGGUCAAGUCGGUCGAAGCUGCGAGCCACCAGGAUCUUGCCCAGAUCUGGCGCUGGAACGAAACGGUGCCUCCAUCGCUCGAGGGGUGUGUGUAUGAGCUUAUCACGCAGCGCGUCAAAGAACAGCCAGAUAGACCAGCUAUUUGCGCCUGGGAUGGUCAAUUGACCUAUGGGGAACUAGACGGCCUUUCAUCAAAGGUAGCCCGUUUUCUUCUUUCUCUCGGUGCUGGUCCCAACGUCAUAAUCCCUAUUUGCUUUGAGAAAUCAAUGUGGACACCGGUGGCAAUGCUCGCGGCCAUUAAGACCGGCAGUACCUCCGCCGCAGUUGACCCAAGUCAGCCGGAAGAGCGCUUGCAGUCAAUUAUGCAACAAAUUCAACCUCGCCUGAUCCUAACCUCAGUAAUGUAUACGCCGCUUGCGUCUCGCCUGGUCGAACGGGUUGUAACCGUUGAUGCUGCCGCUCUAAAAGCCAUGGCCAACCCGGCCCCUGGUCAAUUUAUCUUUCCCUCCAUUAACCCGGACAGCGGACUUUACAUUGCCUUCACUUCUGGUAGCACAGGCUCUCCUAAAGGGGCAAUUAUAACGCACGGAAACUUCCGGAGUGCAAUUGAAUACCAUAGUGAGAUGGCGUGCUGUGAUAGGUCUACGCGACUAUUUGACUUUUCCUCAUAUGCCUUCGAUGCUGCAUGGUUUAACCUUUUGCAUGCGCUCGCCGCAGGUGCCUGCUUGUGCAUUCCAUCAGAUAUGCAAAGAAAGGAUGACUUGGCAGGCUCAAUAGAAAUGCUGCAGGCUAAUUAUGCCCUUCUGACCCCGUCCACGACUCGCACUCUUGACCCGAAGACCAUUCCCAGUUUGAAAACACUGAUGCUGAUCGGGGAAGCGGUAACUAGCGAAGACGUCCAGAGAUGGGCACCAAAUGUGAUUCUCAAAAAUGGAUAUGGUCCAGCUGAAUGCAGCGCCUUAUCGACUAUCCAUACAUUCAGAGACCCCGACGACCAUCCGAAUACCAUUGGUGUUACGGUAGGCCUUCAGCCGUGGGUCGUUGAACCCCUGGACGGUGCCAGUCUUACUCCCUUGGGUGCCAUUGGGGAGUUGUGGAUAGAGGGACCACUGGUAGGAGCGGGAUAUCUUGGUGACCCUGACAAAACAGCUGCCACUUUCAUAAGUGAUCCUGCCUGGCUGUUACGUGGGCCGCCUUCACGUCCGGGGCAAGGGCGCCGGGGCCGGUUAUACAAGACUGGGGAUCUCGUGCGUUAUAACUCGGACGGCUCGCUAGCGUAUAUCGGCCGCAAGGAUACGCAAGUGAAGAUCCGAGGUCAGCGGGUCGAGCUCGAGGAAAUCGAGUGCCAUCUUAGACAGAGGAUUUUCGGCGAAACGACCGGCAUCGUGGCAGCCGACAUAAUAACUCUACGGGGUAGCUCGAGCCCGACCCUUGUGGCCUACAUUGCCUUGGGUAAAGCCGCAACAGGAACCCCACCCAGCGUGCGCAAAGAACUUUCCCGUUACACCGAGGGGUUGGAGGAGUUCCUAAGCGACCGGUUACCGAGCUAUAUGGUGCCUAACCUCUUUGUCCCUGUUGUGGAAAUCCCCUUGUCUACUACAGGAAAAACAGACCGACGGCGUCUGCGUCAACAAGGAUCAUCACUGAGUUCCGAGGAGCUAUUAGAGCUCCAACCCUCCAGGCUUGAAAAACGAGCCCCACAGACUAAACUAGAGCACCGCUUACAACAUCUGUGGGCAGAGGUUCUCAAUAUCGACAUCUCCAAAAUUGGUGUCGACGAUACGUUUUUCUCUCUUGGUGGAGACUCAAUAUCGGCCAUGCAACUCUCAGCCAAAUCGCGAUCGAUCGGAUGUCGUAUCACCGUGAGCGAUAUAUUCAAGUUGAAGACCAUUGCACGCUUGGCCCACUCUGGGAAUAAGACCGAGGACCUCGCGGUAAAUGAAACGGAGAAAUUGGACGCUGAUUUCACGCUUGCUCCUAUUCAGAAAUUCUUUUUUGACAGCCAGCCAGUCAUCCAUGGCCACUUCAACCAGAGCUUUCUCGUGCGCAUCUCCAAGCCCCAGAGUCCGGAGUUCAUCCUCCGUGGUAUUCGAUACAUCGUUGACCGUCACUCCAUGCUACGGGCUCGCUUCCACCAGGACACGGAUGGAAGAUGGUCUCAGCGCAUCACGCCCAGCACUGACAGAUCCUAUUUCUUUGAAACUCAUAACGUGGCCUCAUUGGAGGAUGCAAUUCCGGCCCUUACUACUCUCCAGCAAUCCCUGAACAUUCAGACUGGUCCUCUUUUCGGUGCACAUUUAAUUGAAGUCGAGGACAAGCAGUAUCUAUUCCUUGUGGCCCACCAUCUCGUUGUGGACCUGGUCUCUUGGCGUAUCAUGCUGGGUGAUGUUGAAGAAUAUCUAACGGAUCCUACUCGGUCCACGCUCCCCAACGACGCGCCUCUCUCCUUCCAAACCUGGUGUCAAUUGCAGGCGAGCUAUGCAAAGGAUCACCUGUCCCCGGAGACUGCGCUGCCGUUCAACCUUGAAUUCCCUCGCACGGAUUACUGGGGGUUGGAUCCACUUCAAAAUACCCAUGAAAAUAUUCUUGAAAGAGGGUUCACCCUGCCCAAGCCGGUUACUGAUAUACUGCUGGGGGCUGCGAAUCUAGCGUUUCAAACGCAACCAGUCGAGCUGUUUCAAGCGGCAUUGUUACACUCUUUCAUGCAGGUAUUCGACGACCGCGCUCCUGCUACAAUCUUGACCGAAGGGCAUGGGCGAGAGCCCUGGAACAGCUCGCUGGACCUUUCAAGAACCGUUGGCUGGUUUACAACCAUCGCACCAACAGUCGUGACAGCCAAUUCUGAUCUCAGUGUUGCUGAGAUUAUCAUUCGAACCAAGGAUGCUCGUCGGCAAACGCCGGGCAAUGGGUGGCCCUACUUUACAUCUCGCUACCUGAACGCAGCUGGGAAGGAGGCAUUCGGGACGUCUGAUUGCCACGAAAUUGUGUUCAAUUACUUUGGCCUUUACCAACAAUUGGAGAAGAAGAACGCAUUCUUUCAACCCUGCAAGGACCUUGACGGCAAGGUCCCUGAUGUGGCCGGCAACAUAUACCGAUUCGCAGUCAUUGAUGUUGAAGCCGAGGUAAUCCAUGGCUGCCUGCGAUUUAACUUUCAGCAUAGUCGCCAUAUGGAGAAACAGCCUGCUCUCUGUAGGUGGAUUACACAAUGCCAAAGUACAUUGGAAGCGGCAGCGGAGCAGUUGGCCAUUCUUCAACCUCGAUAUACCGUGUCGGACUUCCCCCUAUUGCCUCCUACUAAUGAAACCCGGCGCAAGUUGGACGCCCUCAAGGAUUUUGGAAUUUCAUUCGGUGAGGUAGAGGACAUUUACCCUUGCUCUCCCGUCCAGCAAGGAAUUCUUCUGAGUCAGGCGAAGGACCCCAAUCUGUAUUGGACCCGGGUGCGUUGGCUUGUGCAGUCAGAUGAGACCGUUGAUGUCCAGCGACUAGUUCGCGCCUGGUGCCAGGUCGUUGCUCGACACGCUACCCUCAGAGCAAUAUUCACCGGUAGUUUUGUGUUCGACGGAUACAAUGAUCAAAUAGUGCUGAAACAGGCCUCGCCUCCAAUUCAAGUUAUGUCGGCUCGCAAUUCAACGGAGGCCGUGGCAGCGCUCGCAGAGUACCAAAAAACCGCUGUCCAGCAGAAGGACCUCUUACAUAGAUUUGUGCUUUGUCCUACAUUGCAGGGAGCUGUUUACUGCCAGCUUGACAUAAAUCAUGCACUCAUCGAUGCCAUAUCCAUGAAAACCAUCAAGCAGGAUCUGCGCGCUGCAUAUGAUGACAACCUUCCGGCUCAGCCCGCACCCUUGUAUAGUGACUAUGUCCAGCACAUUCAAACAGUGUCGGAAUCAGAGACCCGGCUAUACUGGCAAAGCCGCGUGGCAGGUGCUGAGCCAUGCAUCUUCCCGACACUCAACGAGACGCCUACUGAUCUUAGAGGCAUAGCAUCCGAGCCAAUAACAGAAGAAAUCUACCAAUCUUUACGAACCUUCAGUCGGAUUCACGGGCUUACACCGUCAAGUGUAUUUCACCUUGCAUGGGGCCUAGUCCUUCGAUGCUAUACAAGUACCGAGUCGGUCUGCUUUGCUUCUCUGAGCUCCGGACGUGAUGUUCCCGUUGAAAAAGCCGACAGCAUUGUGGGACCCUUCAUCAACGUUCUUGUGAACCAUGCACGGCUCGUCAGCGGCCGUCCUCUGCUCAGCAUGAUGCAGGACCAGCAGGCAGAUUACCUGGAGGGUCUCAAGUACCAACACUAUCCGCUAGCUGAAGUGUUGCAUAUUUUAAAUGCCGAUUCGGAACCCUAUUUCAACACUGCAUUGUCGGUGCAAAGUGGCGGGCUAAAUGAGGACACACAGGCUUACGGGAUCUCACUCGAUGAUGAAACCUGGGAUGAUCCAAAUGAGUAUGACAUCGCCACUACCGUCUUCUUGCGCAAGUCCAACCCCAAGGUCUCCAUCAAUUACUCCCUCAACUUGCUUUCGGAGGCCCAAGCUGCUACCGUCGCCAGUACAUUCCUUGAGGCUGUCAGGGCCAUGAUAACUCGACCGGAGACCAACGUGGAGGACUUGCAAAUCAUC